GAGCGAGUCAAGCGGGAUGCAUAUGUGUCCUUCCUCUCUUGCGCGUUCCUUCCUCUCACCUCUCUUGGUGGCGAGCGAGGCUCGAGGCGUCGGAGAUCGCACAUCACACUUGUCUCUCUCUCUCUCCUCUCACCCUCUCCUCUCAAUCGGGAGCCAGCAGCAGGCCGACGCUCGACGCCCGCCAUGGAUGUGGAGUACGACGUGAUCGUGCUGGGGACGGGGCUCAAGGAGUGCAUCCUCAGCGGCCUCCUCUCCGUCGACCGCCUCAAGGUGCUGCACAUGGACAGGAAUGACUAUUAUGGUGGAGACUCCACAUCGCUCAAUCUCAACCAGCUCUGGAAAAGGUUCAAGGGAGAAGGCACACCCCCUGCGCAUAUAGGAGCCAGCAGAGACUACAAUGUAGACAUGGUCCCAAAGUUUAUGAUGGCAAAUGGUGCUUUGGUCCGUGUACUCAUUCAUACUGGGGUCACCAAGUAUUUGUCCUUUAAAGCUGUGGAUGGAAGCUAUGUUUUCAACAAGGGAAAGAUCCACAAGGUUCCCUCUACUGAUAUGGAAGCUCUUAAGUCUCCUUUGAUGGGUUUGUUUGAGAAGCGAAGAGCAGGGAAAUUCUUCCUUUAUGUCCAAGAUUACAAGGAAAAUGACCCAAGUACCCACAAGGGGUUGGACCUUACAAAAAUGACCAGUAAAGAACUUAUCUCAAAAUAUGGUUUGGAUGAUAAUACGAUAGACUUCAUUGGGCAUGCAGUCGCUCUUCAUAAAGAUGAUAGCUACUUGUCAGAACCUGCAAUUGAAAUUGUGAAGAGGAUGAAGCUUUAUGCAGAAUCAGUGGCUCGUUUUCAAGGAGGAUCACCAUAUAUUUAUCCCCUCUAUGGUUUAGGGGAGCUGCCACAGGGAUUUGCACGGCUUAGUGCUGUCUAUGGUGGGACUUACAUGUUGAAUAAGCCAGAGUGCAAGGUCGAAUUUGAUGAUGAAGGGAAAGUUUGUGGUGUUACAUCAGAAGGGGAGACUGCAAAAUGCAGGAAGGUUGUCUGUGAUCCAUCUUACGUACCUGAGAAGGUUAAAAAGGUUGGAAAAGUUUUUCGGGCAAUCGCUAUCAUGAGUCAUCCAAUCCCAAAUACUGCUGAAUCUCACUCAGUACAAAUCAUAAUACCACAAAAGCAACUAGGCCGCAAAUCAGACAUGUAUGUUUUCUGUUGUUCAUACUCUCACAAUGUGGCAUCAAAGGGAAAGUUCAUUGCAUUUGUGUCAGCACAAGCAGAGAGUGACAAUCCAGAGGCAGAACUGAAGCCAGGGAUUGAUCUUCUUGGGCCAGUGGAUGAAUUAUUUAUAGACAUAUACGACAGAUCUGAACCAGCUAAUGACCCGUCUUCGGACAAUUGUUUCAUCUCAACAAGUUAUGAUGCCACGACACACUUUGAGUCCACUGUGAUGGAUGUUCUUUCCCUGUAUACGAAGAUCACCGGGAAGACGGUUGAUCUCAGCGUGGAUCUAAGUGCUGCAAGUGCGGCCGAAGAUGAUUUUUGAGCUCCAAUAUUAAUGGGGCUGCUAUAUAUAUGGUGCAUUUCGGAGAUUUAUGCUUUGUUUUGCAGUUCUUAUUAGGUUUUAUCUUUGCGCUCCUUCCUUUAAACUGUGACAGCUGAGCUUUAAUCGAUAAGGUUGUAUAAUGUAUAUUCAAGUUCCUAACAAUUUUAUUCGGAGGUUGAUAAAGCAGUCCAGGAAUUCAAAAAUAAAAACAUAGAACUUCACUA